AUGUUGAUGAGAGAGCGUGAGAUGAGAGGGGGCUGCUGAGAGGUGAACCAAGUGACCAGCGGAUCGGGAGCAGUAAGCAAUUAAUGACUACAUUCGAGUGGAAUGAGAAGCAUGUUGCUGACCCAGUCCAGCCAUCACCUGACCCGUCUAGCCUGUAGAUAUCCUCUCUCAUCUUUAUCAGUCUACCAUCGGAGUUACAGACGGUCAAUAAGUACUGAACAUCAAGACACUUUACCACAAGAGGCUACGGUAGUAAUAUGUGGGGGAGGUAUAGCAGGACUAUCGGCAGCUUAUCACCUUGCCAAACUAGGAUUAAAUGAUGUGGUUCUUCUAGAACAGGGAAGUUUGACAUGUGGGACAACAUGGCAUGCAGCAGGACUUGUUGGUCGCCUAAAAAUGAAGCCCUUGUUGUUUGAACUUGCUACUAGAAGUGCACGCCUAUAUGAGACAUUGGAAGAGGAUACCGGUCUCAGUACAGGUUACAAGAGGACAGGUUCCCUCAUGGUGGCUCAAACCAAGGAUCGAAUGACAGAUAUCAAACGGAAUGCAGCAAUAGCAAAAACAAGAAAACUAGAGUUCCAUUUGUUGACACCAUCAGAAAUCUGCUCCUUAGUGCCAUGGAUAAGAACUGAUGAUCUUGAAGGAGGGUUGUAUGUACCUGAAGAUGGAGUGACUGAUCCCACUAAUACUGCAUUGUCACUAGCCAGAGGUGCCAAGGAUAGAGGUGUGAAGCUGAUAGAGGGAGUGAAAGUGAAGGAAGUUAUAUCCGAGAAUGGCAGUGUGUCAAGAAUUGAGACAUCACUGGGUUCUAUCAAAUGCCAAUAUUUUGUCAAUGCUGCUGGACAGUGGGGCAGAGAUAUUGGACUUUGCAGUAAACCUGUAGUCAAUGUACCUAUGCACACCACUGCACACAUGUACCUAGUAACCAAAGAGCUCGCUGGAAUGGAUGUCAAUACACCAUAUGUACGAGACUUUGACAGUGGUAACUAUCUCCGUGAAUGGAGUGGAGGUUUAAUGUGUGGAGCAUUCUCUCCAAAAGGAAAACCCAUAUUCCAUGAUGGAAUUCCUGAGCAUUCUGAAUUCCUGUCUCUUCCUGAAGAUUGGGAUCACUUCCAGUACCAUUUAGAUGGUUUUUUACAUCGAGUACCAGCAGCUGAGAAGAUGGAAGUACGCCAAUUGUUUACUGGUCCAGAGUGUUUCACUCCAGAUGCAAACUUCAUCUUUGGUGAAGCCCCAGAGAUGAAGAACUACAUUGUGAUGGCUGGAUUCAGUUCACUUGGUAUAACAAUGUGUGGUGGUCUCGGGGAGAUGUUGGCUGAGUUGAUUGUGUAUGGUGAAUGUUCACUGGGAUACUGGCUUGUUGACCCUCACCGUUUCUCACCACAGCAAAAUAACAAGACGUACCUGCAAGACAGGGUCACUGAAGUAGAAGGGAGUGUCUACAAACUACAAUACCCACACAGGGAAUUCACUACAGCAAGAAAGCUGCGAUGCUGCACACUGUACAACCGCUUAGCCCAAGAGGGGGCAGUAUUUGGUCAGUCCAUGGGCCUCGAGAGACCAAUGUGGUAUAUGGAUCAGGAUAAUGAAGAGUUUGUUGAGAAAGUUGUUGAUGGAGCGUUUAGUAAGCCAUCUUGGUUUGCUCAGGUGAAGGCAGAGUACUGGGCCUGCAGGGAGUCUAUAUGUCUAAUGGACAUGUCACCUUUCACUAAGUUGGAGUUACAGGGAAGUGAAGCAAGUUCACUCUUACAAAGAUUGUGCCCAAAUAACAUGGACUUUGCCAUUGGUGGUGUAGUACACACGGGUAUGCUGAAUCAACAUGGAUGCUAUGAGAAUGAUUGUAGUGUGGCCCGUAUGGAUCAUGACAGGUAUUUCAUCAUCUGUCCUACCAUCCAGCGUAUUAAAGGCUUUAACUGGAUCAUGAAGCAUCUACCUACUGAUAGUUCAGUAUCAGUGAGUGAUGUUAGUGGUCAGUAUACUAGCCUGAAUGUACUGGGGCCUAAAGCCAGAGAAGUCCUGCAGAAACUCACCACGACACCCUUGAGUACAGCCAGUUUUAAACCCUUUUCUUUUAAGGAGUUAAGUAUUGGUUAUGCUAGAGAUGUACGAGCUAUGAGUGUGACACACGCUGGGGAAGACGGAAUGGUUUUACAUAUCCCUAAUGAGUACGCUGUGCAUGUUUAUGAUCUAAUAAUGAAUGCUGGUAGUGACUAUGGCAUCAGAGCCGCUGGGUAUCAUGCAUUACGAUGGCUACGUGUGGAGAAAUUCUACACAUACUGGGGUGUGGAUUUCAACAAUGAACACACACCGUUUGAGAUCGGGAGAGAGAUGAGAGUUUAUUUUGACAAGGGAGUGGAGUUCAUAGGUCGGGAAGCACUGCUAAAGCAGCAACGGGAAGGUGUGAAACGACGUCUAGUUUCCUUCAUCUUAGAGAACCACAAUGUGGAUAGAAAUCUCUGGUGCUGGGGUGGCGAACCAAUCUAUCGUAAUGGUCAACCAAUGGGAGUGACCACCUCCAGUGGAUAUAGCCCUUCAUUAGGCUCAAUGGUGUGUCUAGGCUGGCUUCAUAAUACUGACCCCCACUCUGGCAAAUCUCAGGUGGUCACUCAUGAUUACGUUACCAAAGCUAAGUAUGAGAUUGAUAUAUGUGGACAGAUGUUUCCUGCAAAAGCCAAUCUGUAUCCACCUAAACUAAUGUCUAAGCAGCCACUACAUGGCUAGAACUAAGAAGCCUGGCUGGACACCAGCCAAGCAGUCACUACAUGGCUAGAACUAAGAAGCCUGGCUGGACACCAGCUAAGCAGCCACUACAUGGCUAGAACUAGGAAGCCUGGCUGGACACCAGCCAAGCAGCCACUACAUGGCUAAAACUAAGAAGCCUGGCUGGACACCAGCCAAGCAGCCACUACAUGGCUAGAACUAAGAAGCCUGGCUGGACACCAGCCAAGCAGCCACUACAUGGCUAGAACUAAGAAGCCUGGCUGUACACCAGCCAAGCAGCCACUACAUGGCUAGAACUAAGAAGCCUGGCUGGACACCAGCCAAGCAGCCACUACAUGGCUAUAACUAAGACGCCAGGCUGGACACCAGCCAAGCAGCCACUACAUGGCUAGAACUAAGAAGCCUGGCUGGACACCAGCCAAGCAGCCAUUACAUGGCUAGAACUAAGAAGCCUGGCUGUACACCAGCCAAGCAGCCACUACAUGGCUAGAACUAAGAAGCCUGGCUGUACACCAGCCAAGCAGCCACUACAUGGCUAGAACUAAGAAGCCUGGCUGGACACCAGCCAAGCAGCCACUACAUGGCUAGAACUAAGAAGCCAGGCUGGACACCAGCCAAGCAGCCACUACAUUUCUACAAUUGCUAUAACAGGACGACUUCUUUUUAUGAAAGUUUCUAAGGUUGGUUGAAUGAUGUGUUAAUUGGAAGCUAGAGGUAGAAAUGAAUCAACUUGUCCAAAACAAAUGAUGAAAUACAUCUGGAAUUUGAACAGGGUAUGUUUUAUAAAGGAUUCAUGAAUGCUUGGAUGGGAGUUAUAUGUAGGUGCAGUUAUUUUCAUUCAAUAUCUGUGCAUUCAACUCGUCACAUAAAGGGAUUGCUUUUACAACAUAAAUGUUUUUAUAUUUUUCAUAAAAUGUAUUUUUGUAAAGGUAUAAUUGAUUUUACAUGUAUUCUGUUUGUUAUUGUUAGCAGUAGUGUUUACUUGUUCCAUGUAGUCACAAGCAGUAAUCAUGUGCAUAAAUGUCCAGUAGGAAUAUUGCUGUAGCUUUUGAUAAUUAAUAACAACAAAUUCUUAUAUAGCGCAUUUCACAAUAACCGUAUCAAUGCGCUUUACAUUCAAUAAC